CAUCUCUUGCAGCUUCCCGAUUCAGCACUUGCCCGAAUUCCCAGUAGUUCUCCAACUCGACUCCCUCCACAGUUCAUUGAUUAUAAGAGACUUCAUUUUACCCCACCUGGCUAAUAGCAGAUUUCCAUUCCUCUUCCGCCGCGAAGUCUCACGUUAUACACGUGUGAAAUUAUGGCAGCUACCGGUGCUACGUUGGGCUCAUCCAGCAGCUUCUCAACUCGUAUUUCGCUACGAUGGGUCCCCGAACCCCCCGAGGAGACGACCGAUACGAUCGUUCUCUCUGUCGGGGAAUGGUUCAUUGACUUGCGAAUGGAUAAGGCCUCUGGUGCAAUUGACUGGGCGAUGGCGGGUACACGGAUCGUGGAGAACCCGGGCGAAAUACCACUCAAGGUGCGCUUUACCCGCGAGCUGGACUCUCUCAAUGAAAUCGGUAUGGUCGAUCCUGCCAACUUCAGCCCCCUGCCCAACGGUGAUGAUCUCGAAACCGGAGAGAUGCCCCGCACCGAUCUCCCCGGUGCGCCUAUGACCGCCUUCGAAGAGGUCUGGCGGGAGUUACCCUUCAGGGAAGGCCCCGAGGGUGCCAAGAAGGGUAUCUCGUGGAUUCUCGAGUCGGAUGAUAGUAGCAUCAGUCUCUCCGAGAAAGAAGGCGAGGCGACCGUGACCAAGAUGUUUUUCGGUCGGAUCUGGGGCACAUAUCUGGCGUUCCAGCAGGUUCAGGCUCAUUCUCAAGAAAGAGAUUCGGAUGGCAAGUUGACUCUGAAGAGGACCGGUGCUGAAGUGAGUGCGAGACGGGAGGAAUGGAAUUCUGGAUGGGAGGAGAAGUACGUUGUCGGGCCGGAUGGGGGCGCCUUGCCAUCGAUGAAGACCGGAUUUGAGGGUGAAGGUCAGGGCUCUUGGAGGGUCCCCGGGGAGAAAGUUCUUAUUCAAGGAAGGCCAUUUAUUGUUCGGGCAUUCGAGGAGAUUCAAUGACCAUAUUGAGAGGGCGGAAAGUUUGAAAAAGCGAAUCAUUUUAGUUCAAUUAGAGGUGUUCGAGCACCUCUGUCGGGGAAAAUUGCUAUAUACCAUCCAGCAGAAUUUACCUACGACAUGAUACAGAUGACAUUCGAGAGUAUGACUCUGGGUUGGUUAACAGGCAUUAGCCCUCUGUUACCGGGUUGGCAGUCUGCAUUUCAACAUUUGAGCUGGAGGUCUGCAGUCUGUAUCAAGUCGAUUGAGUUUGGUGACUGUAUGAGAGAGAGAGAGAGUAAACUAUUUCGAUUUGCG